GAAACACCAUUAUGAGCAAUUCUAACCUUCAUGCCUUAUCCUUGCCUAAAUCAGUGAUGGACACUAUUCAAGGUUUGGAAAUCCAUCUGAAAGAUGGCAAUGGAGAACAAAAUAGGAUGAGAUAUUACAACAAAUUCCUCCUAUCAUACAAGAGGAACAAUCAAUUUCAUUUCCCCACCAACCCCAAUAGAUUGCUGGAACCCAAGAUAAUAAUGGCAUACAGGACCACAACUACAAUAGCCACUGUAUUAUGUAUGGGAUGCCCUCCUCUAUCUCUACACGAUAAACUUCCAGUCCAAAAAUAUCCAGAAUGUGCCCAACCACAAUCAACAUGUCAUGGAAAUCAGACAAGGGCAAGAUCAUCAAAGCACAUUCAGAACAUCAGUCACAGCUCCCACCAGACAGCAGAAGAAACACUUGAUCAUAAUCCAACAAGAGAGCAAUCAUUACUUCUUCCCUUGAGAUUGGAAUGGGAUAAUUAUUCCAAAAAUAGAAACUUGGGAGUUCAGGAAUUGUGCAGAAACAAAUUCAUGGAUUUGUCUAUCUCAAUGGAGGCCAGAUCUUCUGAUCAAAUCUCACACAAUAUCCAUGCAGACAGCAAAAGUGAAGACACCAUGCAGGAAUUGCAAGAUUUGCUUGAGAAACUGAAGAAUGAUCCUUGA